AUGGCGUUGUACAACAGUGACUGUCGAAAUCCCCUAGAGGACCUCGAAAAGGCGUUCGAUACGUCCUUGGAGGAUGGGACUUGGCCUGGCGUGGUGGUUGCAGCAACAAACAAAAGUGGAAGUUUCCACUACGCCAAAGCCUUCGGAAACGACGAUGGUACGUCUGAUGGGAGGCCGCUCGCCAUGAGCUCCAUCAUGGCGCUUGCAUCCAUGAGCAAGCUCUUGACCUCGAUUGCUGCGCUUCAGCUAGUCGAGAAACGGAUUGUGGAUCUAGAGACGGAUGUGUCUUCCUUGCUACCAAAAUUGGCCUCCCAAGGCGUAUUGUGUGACUGGGAUGCGGCAGGGCAACCGUGUAUUCAACCGCGCAAGAAUCCAAUCACCCUCCGAAGCCUCCUCACACACAGUAGUGGAGCAGGAUAUGAUAUGAGCAAUCCCAACCUUGCCCGCUUUACGGCUUACAAAGGGCGGAAUGUCAAUUCUGGUACUACUGUUGACGAGCGAUUUGGCUACCCACUGACCUUUGAGCCGGACACUGCAUGGGAGUAUGGGACAGGGAUUGACUGGGUUGGACAGCUAGUUGAGCGUUUGACAGGGCAAACCCUAGAAGCCUACAUGCAGAGACAUAUUUGGGAGCCCCUUGGUAUUGAGAAGAUGAGUUUCUGGCCUGCAAGACUUAGCGGAGGAGACAGAAAGGUCAGGAUUUCAGUUCGAGAUGAGGCCUCAGGACGGUUCACGGCGCUUAAGCAGCUCUUUCUGACUGAAGGGGUUACGGACUGCUUUGGAGGACAAGGCAUACACGCCUCAAUGGAGGAGUUUCUAAAAGUCAUUCAUUCUAUCCUAUCUGAUGAUGGGAAACUUCUCACGAGCGAGUCGAUUGCCAUGAUGUUUCAGUCCCAACUCUUGCCGGCUAGCCGAGAUUCUCUCCAAAGACAUAUCAAAGAGUGCGACCCCCAGUCCUCGUUCAUUGGUAUAUUUGACAACAACCGCUUGUAUGACUGGGGAUUGGGUGGCAUGCUAGCAAUGGAAAAUGAACCAUUUGGACCGCAAGCAAAGACGCUGUUUUGGAGUGGAAAACCGAAUUUGUUCUGGUUUAUUGAUAGAGAGUCCGAUAUUUGUGGCGUCUUGGGGACCCAGUUUCUCCCGCCUGGUGAUAGGAAGGUGGCAAGGAUGAUUGAGGUCUUCCAAACCAAGAUUUACGAAGCAAGAUGCAACUUUUAG